UCCCGGCGCCUGGGGCCUGUCAUAUAGCUGCUGGCCGAGGCGCUAGUUCGCGGGGGUAGCGCGCGGCUGGCGGGAGGGUAAGCAGGCAGGCAGGCGGGGGCCGAGGCUCAGAGACCGGAGCAGCGGGCACCAGGGCGGCCUGGAGCGGGUCGAGCACCAUGAGCAGCAAAUGCGACGUGGUCGUGGUGGGGGGCGGCAUCUCAGGUAUGGCAGCAGCCAAACUUCUGCAUGACUCUGGCCUGAAUGUGAUCGUUCUGGAAGCCCGGAACCGUGUGGGAGGCAGGACUUACACGCUUAGGAAUGAGAAGGUUAAAUAUGUAGACCUUGGAGGAUCCUAUAUUGGGCCAACUCAGAAUCGUAUCUUAAGAUUAGCCAAGGAGCUAGGAUUGGAGACCUACAAAGUGAAUGAAGUUGAGCGUCUGAUCCAUCAUGUAAAGGGCAAAUCAUACCCCUUCAGGGGCCCAUUCCCACCUGUGUGGAAUCCAAUUGUCUACCUAGAUCAUAACAACCUUUGGAGGACAAUGGAUGACAUGGGGCAGGAGAUUCCUAGUGAUGCCCCAUGGAAGGCGCCUCUUGCAGAAGAAUGGGACCACAUGACCAUGAAGGAGCUGCUGGACAAGAUCUGCUGGACUAAGUCUGCAAAGCAGCUUGCCACUCUCUUUGUGAACCUGUGUGUCACUGCGGAGACCCACGAGGUCUCCGCUCUCUGGUUCCUGUGGUACGUGAAACAAUGUGGAGGCACAACCAGAAUUAUCUCAACAACCAAUGGAGGGCAGGAGAGGAAAUUUGUGGGUGGAUCUGGUCAAGUGAGCGAGCGGAUCAUGGAGCUUCUAGGGGACCGAGUGAAGCUGGAGAGGCCUGUGAUCAGCAUUGACCACACAGGAGAAAAUGUCCUUGUGAAGACCCUAAACCAUGAGAUAUAUGAGGCUAAAUAUGUGAUUAGUGCUAUUCCUCCUACUCUGGGCAUGAAGAUUCACUUCAAUCCCCCUCUGCCAAUGAUGAGAAACCAGCUGAUCACUCGUGUGCCUUUGGGUUCAGUCAUCAAGUGUAUAGUCUAUUAUAAAGAGCCCUUCUGGAGGAAAAAGGAUUACUGUGGAACCAUGAUUAUUGAAGGAGAGGAAGCUCCAAUAUCCUACACAUUGGAUGAUACCAAACCUGAUGGGAACUAUGCUGCUAUAAUGGGAUUUAUCCUUGCCCACAAAGCCAGAAGGCUGGCACGUCUCACCAAAGAAGAAAGGAUGAAGAAACUUUGUGAGCUCUAUGCAAAAGUUCUGGGCUCCCAAGAAGCUCUGAAGCCAUUACAUUAUGAAGAGAAGAACUGGUGCGAGGAGCAGUACUCUGGGGGCUGCUACACAACCUACUUCCCUCCUGGGAUCAUGACUCAAUAUGGAAGGGUACUACGCCAGCCAGUGGGCAGAAUUUAUUUCGCAGGCACUGAGACUGCCACACACUGGAGUGGCUACAUGGAGGGCGCUGUGGAGGCUGGAGAGAGAGCGGCCCGAGAGGUCCUGCAUGCCAUAGGAAAGAUUCCAGAGGAUGAAAUCUGGCAGUCAGAACCAGAGUCUGUGGAUGUCCCUGCGCAACCCAUCACUACGACCUUCUUGGAGAGACAUUUGCCCUCCGUGCCAGGCCUGCUGAAGCUCAUUGGAUUGACCACCAUCUUUUCAGCAGUGGCUCUCAGCUUCCUGGCGCACAAAAGGGGGCUGCUUGUGCGAAUCUAGGCAGAGGGUGUCUGUAACCACACCCUCUUACUGUAUUGGGGGUGUGGGUUUGGGGAAGGAGUUGCAAUAAAGUUCCACGAAGACAUAAAGAAUGUGGAGUGAGGUGGGGAGCACAAAGUUAAGUCCGAUUCUGACUGCAGGAAGCACAUUCUCUCUUUCUCCACUGUGGACCAAGGUUAGGAUCCUUUACUUGGCUUAGUACUCUGUUUCACCAAUUUCUAAGUUUAUUGCCCUGACAAUCUUUAGAAUAGUUAAAUAGGCUUAAGUUCCUUGCUGUCCUACAACACACCUUGCCAUGCACAAGCAGCUAGUUGUUUCCUGUCUCUGUGGCUUUGUGCUUAUACUUUCACUUUCCUGUAAUAUCCUCACUUCCUCCAGUUUUCUGCAUUAGUUUUUAGAAUCCUGUUUUGUUAUAGCUGGAAGACUGUAGAGACCAUCUAGUCCUCACCUUUUGCUUUAGAGUUGAGCAAACUGAAGUUUACUGAGGUGGAGCUUUACAUGCUCAAGGGCCAUAAUAAGCCACUGGUAUCGUGGGGACUAGAACACAGGUCCAAUGCUUUUCUACCUCCCAGUAUGUAUUCCCCAAAUGCCCCCUCCACUCCCUGUCAUAGUAGAUAGUGGUGUCCCCUUGCGUGGGUUUACUCUGUGCUGAGCUGUCUUACACUACUCAAAUGCUACUCAGUAAAUAUCCUUUGGUCUUAUGUCUUGUGCAGUGUGUGUCCAGUUGAUUUUAAUUUUUUGAGGAUAAGAAUCUUGUCUUUUUUUUCCUUUGGUAUCUUCCAUUAUGUCCCAAUACAAAGAUCAGUACACCCUUGGGUAAUUAAAAAUAAAAGUUGGUUGAGCUGA